GCUCUGUGCUGGGGGGCUCUUGUCCCCGCGCCCGCUCGGGGUGUUGCUCCGCGGCUGCGGUUUGGCGGGGAGGGGGACACGGGGGCACCCUCUCACCCUGCGGAACCUUCCCCUUGCAGCCUGCCGAUGUUCACCGUCCUGCGGAGGUUUUCCAUCCUGUUUACGAUGUUUGCCGAGGGGCUUUUGCUCAAGAAGAAGUUUUCUUGGAGCAUCCAGAUGACAGUAUUUGCAAUGAUCAUCGGGGCGUUCGUAGCUGCUAGUGCUGACUUGGCAUUCGAUCUGGAAGGAUAUAUUUUUAUCCUUAUUAACGAUGCCUUAACAGCUGCAAACGGUGCCUACGUGAAACAGAAGCUGGAUUCAAAGGAGCUGGGAAAAUACGGCCUGCUCUAUUACAAUGCACUGUUCAUGAUCCUUCCCACCCUGACCAUUGCCUACUUCACGGGAGAUGCGCAGAAGGUAGGAUUCCUGCCCCCAACGCCGGGGUCGUGGGUGGCACGAGCCCUUCUGGGCCGAACGGGUGGCGUUGGGACGUUUUACUGUUUGUUGUGACGCGCUUUUCUGUAACUUGGCCUUCUUACGUAAAGUGGGGAAUGCUCAAACGGUGAAACUCAAGCAGUUCGUUAGCCCUAAUUUGCAAACACAAACUGCACAGCGUCUGGGGGAGGAGGGCAGGGCGAAGGAAGGUAGAGUAACUACCCCAAAACCGUCAGCAGAACAUAACUGUCUUAUGGUUGGACUUCAAAUCCGCAGACUUGCUCCAUUCAUGCGUUUUUGUAAUGCUGGAGGAAUGGGGAAGUGCGAGAGCAAUAAGUGAAACCAAAUAUUCUAUAAAACAAAGAAGUCGAGUAUUUUUAGAAUAAACGAGUUUCUUUAAACUCCUUUCUGUCCUUCCCUCUGACUGGGGUGGUGGUUGUGUUGAAUUGUUUUUCUGAGGCUCACUUUGCCUGUGCUGCUGCCCCGUCAGGGCACGGACUGAUUUAUGUGUGGCUUUGUAUGUGUGAAAUUUAUAUUGUGUUAUUAAUUAUUAUUAUUAUUACUGCUCUUGCUUAUGUGCAGUUAUACUCGAGGUUGGGGGGG